AUGAAUGACAAGGCAAUAUGGCUUGAUUAUUUUACAUCGAUUGAUAUUCAGUCGAACAAUGCUAUUUGGAUUAGUCACAGAUCAUCAGAUGAUGAACUUGAUGAAGAAGAGUUGUUAACACGAACAAAAUGGGCAUGGAAUAUUGGACAAAAUGAAAAACAAUAUAGAAGUGAACAUGGUUUGAUAUUCGAAGUCUCUGUGCCAAUAUUAUUAAAUCGUCAUUUUCUUGUACAUGAAUCAAAACAAGUACGGCAAUCGUCUUCCAAAGUACCAUUAUUGAUAUUUUUUCAUGGUUUAAAUUCAUCAGCAUGGUUUAUGGCUUUAGUUCGAACAAAAUGGAUUGAAAAAGCAAAUAUCAACAAUUUUUUAGUUGUUUUCGGUCAAAGUCAAGGUAAACAAUUUCGAAAGGGACCUAAAUAUAAUCAACAUGGUAUAUUACAAUUUGGUGAUGAUUUAUCUUGA